AUCGUCAAUAAGUAAAUAGUGUUAGGAGAAUGUUGGUGAAAAAUAUUUUCGUCGAACUGCGGUCUCGUCUGAGGAGCUGUAACGUGUAUAUAACUACCAAUAUUGAUUUUAGCAAGAAUUGCAAUUUGAAGAUCAGCAUACAAGCUAAUUGUAUCGUUCUUAAUUAUUAUAACGACAGGUUGAGACGGAGUGACAGCCUCUCGUCUAUAGAGAGCUUGUCCGAUUAUUCCGAUGAUGAGAGUAAUGUUACUUGCAGCAUACCCAUUGAGGAGUUUUGCUAUGUUAUACCGAACUCUAUGUCAUGCCUCAAAAUUGACAAGAAUACUAUAUCGUUCAGGAUUCUGACGGAACCAAAAAAUGGCAGUUUCUAUUCAGAGUUUUUAUCACCGAGCACACUUGAAAAUAAAAUUAAAGCGUCCACUAUGGUUAUUAAUUUAAACGCCAAUGACGAAGUUAAAAUUGUUUGUGGCAACUGUUCGAAUGUAAUCUCGAAUAAUGCAAUCAAAUUUGACAGAAUUCUGGAGUUGCCAACCUCAAAUUUGGAUAUGUCCGAAUGGUUCUGUCAUGGGCAUGGGCAUAGCCAUGGCAACACUUCGAGUAACAUUGAAAUAAAACCAAAUAAAUUAGACUUUCUGUACCGAUUAACAUUCUUCGUAGUAAACAAUAGUACAUUGGCAGAAAAGACGAACAAAUUUAACAUUCGCAGGGGAAUAUAUCAUUGCAACCGUUGCUUAGCCUGGCUCGGCUUAAAAUCUAAGGACACAGUGAAACUUUACAAUUCCGAAGUGAAAUUAUUACAUAAUAAUAUAGAAAAGUACGCAUUUACUCAUAAAAACAGUACAGAUAAUAUAAGCGUAGAUGAUUUUAUUUUUACAAUAGAAAUGAUGAUGAAUGAAUUUAACUUAGGCCUCCAGUACACGGUAAUGUAUAAAAUAGUAUUGGAAUGCGCGUUUUCUGCGUCGAAUAAACAGUAUUUGCUUAUUUGGGUGAUGGAUAAGGAACUGCAAGUGCUGAGAAAUAAUGACGAUGUCAUAUUGAACGAUAAGGUCAAGCUGAAAUCGACUUUUUUAACGAAAAUUUUGUAUAAAAUCGAAACCAGUUUGAACGAAGAGGUUGAAACAUGGUUGUCGGACCCGAGUGUGAUUUCUACAGACAUAUCUAAGACUAUGUUUUCUAACGGUGUUGAUCAUUUGCAGAAAAUGUCGUUAAAAGUACCAGAAAUGUUUCGAUAUACAAACGGAUUUUGUGUCAGUUACUUAAAGGUUUAAUAAAUUAAUUAUGAGCA